GAGCGGCACUUUGUUCUAACGCCACUGGCUGAAUACACAUAACUCGCCGCGUCUCCGCCGAGUGAACGCGUCCGUGAAAAAUAAAAAAUAAACUUUAAAAUUUGGAACUGUCAGUUUUGGCGCGCUUGUUUUGAAUUCGGUUGUGUGUUGUUUUCCAAGAUGGAGGGCUGCGGCAGUAGAUGUAUAAAAUAUUUGCUGAUCGUCUUCAAUGGAUUGUUUAUGAUCUUCGGCAUCGUCAUAAUAGCGACAGCAUGCGUGGACAUGGGGAUGAUCCAGGGCUUCGCCGACAUGCAAACCGGACACGAGACGGACGCCGUACUUAUAGCCGUCGGCGUCCUUAUCAUCAUAGUGGCUGCGUUUGGGUGCUUCGGCGCGUGGAAGGAGAGCCCUAAGCUUCUGUAUAUUUUCGUCGGUUUGCUGAUCAUCAUCAUCCUCCUGGAGCUGUCCGUGGGCAUCGCGGCGGCGGCGCUCCGCCCCCAGAUCGAAGAGUCCAUGAAGGCUAACCUGCGGAAGUCCUUCAUCAACAACAAGUCGCUUCGCGAGGAGGACAACGAUUAUCGUGCUUUCUGGGACCGCAUUCAGUCUAACCUCCAAUGCUGCGGCAUCACCGGCCCCAACGACUACCGCGCCAACGACCGCGGCCAGGCCGCCAUCAACCCCACCUACAGCUGCUGUCCCCCCGACUACUCCGACAAGUCCGCCGAGAUCAAGCGCUCCGAGUGCCUCAACGCGGGAUCGUAUUACGAGCAGGGGUGUGAGGACAAGGUGCUCAGUGCGAUCCAUAGUGCGGGAAUGAGUGUUAUCGUCUGCGGGUUACUCUUCUGCUUUUUGGAGGUUGCUGGUAUCGUUCUCGCCCUUUGGUUGGCACACGCUAUUAAAACUGAAGGGAAGAGCCGAGACACUGCUUAAGUAUUUAUUUGAAUUGUAUUGGAAGAGAAACUUGGUAUUUUUACCACCGGAGUUGGUCUUGGCAGAAUCUUAUUUCGUUUUUUGCAAUUGUUUACUGGCUGAAAAUCUCUCCAAUUUUGGUACAUAUACAUUAAACACUGUAUUCUGGCUCUCUUGAAAUCUCUCUAAUAUGUUGUCUCAAUUAUAUCUAAGCUACGAGUAUAGGGUAUUUUUCAUUGGAUAGUUAAGUUAGACAUAAUAUUUAAUAACGAGUACUUUAAUUAUUGUUUUAAUAUUUAUAGACUACCAAUUUAAUAGAGAAAAUAAUUGUCCACUUCUAGAAUAUACAUCUGCAAAUCUUAUUUCAUUACCAGAUUAUCAAAAAAUAUUAUUAUGAAAUAAUUUACUACUAUCUAUUUGCGUUAUUAAGAUGCAUUUUAUAUUCUUCCGAUAAUUAAUACAUAGAUAAUUAGAACUAUUAUCCCUGAUUAAUAAUUGCUGAAUCUACCUGAAUCUAAAGAGUUUUAAGUAUAAAGUUAUAUUGAAACCGUUAUUUAAGAAUAAUUUAUAACCAUAAUUUUAAUCUUUGUUACCUCGAAUAGAUAUAUACCUAGAUAUAAAUAUGUCUAUGUUAGAAAUUAGUUGCUUAGAACUUAGAGAUAUAUUGUACGGUCACCUCAAAACGUAAUAUUGUGAUAAUUCUUAGUUUUAUUUAUUAGAUAUAUAAGAUUCUAAUAAUAUCUUAUAUAUAUCUUUGUUUAAUGACUGGGUUCUUUUUUUUUAAUUCUUCAUUUUCAUCAAAUUCAAUUUCCAAAUUGAAAACGUAGGUAACGAUAAUUCUUGUUAAGUACCUCAAACCUCACCUGACUGACUCAAUGUUUGAUCUUACUUUCAUGAUCUAUCUUUCGUCAUUUAAUUUCAUCUUGUGUGGAUGGACUUUAAAAUUGCUGUAAGUAUGUAAUGCUUUUAGAUUGUAAACUAAUAUUAGUAUUAAUGCACUUAACGUCUGAACCAAAGGCUAUUUGUUUUUAAGUAGAGUUAAAAUAUUGUGUAACCGUAUUUCACCUUACAGGUUUGUAAUACAUGCACAUUUUGUAUUAUGAAUUCCCGACGCAUUCUUGUUUUAACUAUUUUUAAUUUAAUAUUUGUUAUAUAAAUAUUAAUCAAGUUUAAAUCAUAUCAUAUAUAUCAUCUGUAAUACUUGUAGAUAUUGAAUCAAAUUUAAAAUAUAAUUUUACAUUAUCCGCUUGGUAAUUAAUUAUACGUCAAUAUUUUUAAAUAUUCCGUGUUGUUAAAAUAGAUAUGUAUCUUAAAGAACUUGCGUAAGUUGCUGCAAAUAUAAUACACUUCGAGCAUAGUCUAAAUAUUGCGGUAUGUUUGGGUUUGUGAGCAUUAUGAGUAUACUUACUUGCAAAUUUCAUGAUUUCUGAUUAACUUAAAAUAAAAUCAUUUUCUGGUUAAUAUAAACUCCGAAGUUUUCCAAUAUCUUUAUACUUUGUCAUAAAUAUAUUUAAAAUAAUGUUUUUCUGCUUUUAAGACAUCUGUAGUGACCAUGGAAAUUAUAUAAACUGUAUCUGUAUCUACUUUAGUAUAAAUAAGUAAUUAUUUUUGUUUAACAUAUGUUUUAAGAUAUUUAUUUACUAGUCACUGUUUCAAGGUUUGUACCUAUGUUUAUGCAAAAAUCUGGCAUGUUAAAUUUGUUUAGUUGGCAAUAUGUUAAAUUACCUUAAACUCAUAUCAAAUGUUAAAUAUAAUUUUGUUACAAAAUAAACGUGUUCCAACUAAAUGCAUUUUAUUUACAAUUAUAAAUUAUUUAAAUAGACCUCUUAAUGAUUUUCGUAAGAAGAUAGUGCAGUGCAGCGGCAUCAGUUGUAUAAAUAUUAAAAUAUAUUUUUUUAAUAUUUUAAUUUUAAUAUAAAAUACAAUAGAUUUAUUAAAAUAGCAAUAAAACUCGCGGUUGGUGUGAAAUUUAUUUAUUGAACCACAAAUAUAGCCAUAAUUACGUGACUGAAGAAGAUGGCUGCAUACAUUCAACACCUAAGCAUACCUAACAAUACACAUAGAUUUAAAUAUACAAUUCAAAAUUUAAUUUUAUCACAAACACCUUCAUAGUCAUUACGAAACAUGCAAUAUCAUUUUGGCAUUUUAUUUUAUUAUUUCCAUUCAAUCAAUUAUUUUAAAUUUUUAUAUAAAAUUUCUAAAUUCGUAUGAAGGUUAUCGUGUUGUAUUAAAAAUAAACAUUUAAGUAUUUCUUAAUUCUUAGUAUUUUGCAGAAUGAACAACCUUAAUUUAAAAAUGAAGAUAAUGACAAUUUCCUCUUACAUCUAAUUUUAUAUUUAAUAUUCCUCAACAUUAAGCAACUACAUAAUUACUUAGUUUAGUGCACGAUAAAACCAUCAGACCAAUUGGACUUAGUAAUUAGGUACUAAGAGUUUUUUUUAAAUAUAAUAUUAAAAAAAUUAUAAAUAUUUGCCUGCAAUCAUAACGACAAAACUUAAUUAUAUGACAAAAAUAUAUUAAUAUAAUCAUAUUUAUUCUUAAAAUAGAUUUAUGCGAGGUGUCAGAGCAUCUACUUUAACUAGUUCUAUCAGUGUACAGCCUAUUGAUGGGCUAGAGGUAAAAAUUUAUUAAGUUUUUAAUAAUUAUUUUCUAACUUCUUACGGCUGCUACACAACUAUUGUUCUCAAAAAUAUUUAAAACUUACUGCAAUUCAUCAUCAGACAACAUUAACAACAUUAAUACUACUUAACUUACUUAUAAAAUACUUGUAGAAAGUUCUAUAAGCUAUAUUCAUGAGAAAAAUUGUGUGUUGAAAAGCAAUAGUACAUUCGGUAUUAAGGGCGGUAAACAAAAAUUUACGACGAGUGUGAAUUGAAACCCGAAGCCGAAGGAGAGGGCCAAACGAGUUCGCAAUUCCUGUUCCUGUAGCGACCGUGGUACACACUAUAUGUUUUUCAUUUGAUUUCUCUUUUGAGGAAACAAAAGGGAAAUAAAUAAAUAGAAAAACCAAAAAAAAACAGAAACAGAA